AUGGCCCACCUGGCCUCACCUGGCCUCACCUGGCCUCGCCUGGCCUCCGGGCACUUCCGCCCGGCGGAGUUCCGGGCGCGCCUUCCCGGCCCGGCCCAUCCCGGGGCCCCGCGAGCGCCCCGCGCGGCCACGGGCCGCGCCCUUCGGGAAACCGCGGCCCGAAAAGCCAACUCGGGCUGGCGGCGGGAGGCGGGGCUGGGGGAUGACAGCCUGGAGGCGGGGCUGGGGGUGGGCAGUCAGGCCGGGGGGCUGGAGGCGGUGGGCGACAAGGGCGCCCGAGUUCAGACACCAGAGGGGCCCGCAACCGCAGCGAUGCGCGCGGAGCCGGAGGGCAGCCCCGAGGAGCUGCGGGAGGAUGAGCUGGACCGCGUGCGCGCCUGCCGGACGCCCCUGCGCGCGCUGCCCUACGCCUUGGUGGACAGGCGCUUCAUCCGGCAGCUGCGGGAGCCCGCGGGGCGCGGCCGCUCGUGGCCGCGGCAGUGGCAGCGCGGACGGCACGAGGCUGGACGGCGGCUGCGGGACGCUGGACGGCGGCUGGCCCGGGGCUGCGGCCUCUGGGAGGGGGCGCUCUACGAGAUCGGGGGGCUCUUUGGCACCGGAAUCCAGUCUUACUUCACCUUCCUUCGCUUCCUGCUGCUGCUCAACCUGCUGACCCUGCUGCUGACCGCCAGCUUGGUCCUGCUGCCCCUGGCCUGGCUGCAUUCCCCUGACCCUGGACCUGCCCUCAACACCACCCUCCAGUGCCCCCAAGACCAGCCCCAGGCCAGUGUCCCCAGGUUCCAGAACCGACUCUGGGACGUUCUGACGGGCAGGGCCUUCAACAACACCUACCUCUUCUACGGAGCGUACCGGGCAGGGCCCGAGCACGCCUCAGCCUACAGCAUCCGCCUGGCCUACCUACUCAGCCCACUGGCCUGUCUGCUGCUCUGCUUCUGGGGGACCCUGUGGCGGAUGGUGGCAGGCCUGCCGCAGCAGCUCUACCUGAGCCAGGACUACAGGUCUCCGCUCAGCGCCAAGGUCUUCUCAUCGUGGGACUUCUGCAUCCGCGGGCGGGAGGCGGCCACCAUCAAGAAGCAUGAGAUCAGCAAUGAGUUCAAGGUGGCACUGGAGGAGGGGCGACGGUUCCAGCUUGCCCAGCAGCUGUCCCGGGCCCAGCGCGCCUGCCGCCUGCUCAGCUUCCUACGGACCAACCUUCUCAUCCUGCUUCUGGUGGCCGGGGCCAUCAGCGCCAUCUUCUGGGCCACCAAGUACUCGCAAGACAACAAGGAGGACCCCUCAUUCAUGCUGCUCCAGUACCUGUCCCCCGGCAUCAUAGCCCUGGCCAACUUCCUGGGUCCCCUGCUGUUUCUGUUCCUGGUCCAGCUGGAGAACUACCCCCCAAACACCGAGGUCAACCUCACCCUUGUCUGGUGCGUGGUACUCAAGCUGGCCAGCCUGGGGAUGUUCCUGCUGUCGCUGGGCCAGACUAUGCUGUGCAUUGGCAGGGACAAGACCAGCUGCGAGUCCUAUGGCUACAACGUCUGUGACUACCAGUGCUGGGAGAACGCGGUGGGCGAGGAGCUGUACAAGCUGAGCACCUUCAACUUCCUCCUCACCGUGGCCUUCACCUUCCUGGUCACGCUGCCGAGGAGGCUGCUGGUGGAGCGCUGCUCGGGCCGCUUCUGGGUCUGGCUGGACCGGGAGGAGUUUCUGGUACCCAAGAACGUGCUGGACAUCGUGGCAGGGCAGACGGUCACCUGGAUGGGCCUCUUCUACUGUCCGCUGCUGCCUUUGCUCAACAGCGUCUUCAUCUUCCUCACCUUCUACCUCAAGAAGUACACCUUGCUGCGGAACUCCAGGGCGUCUGCUCGGCGCUUCCGGGCCUCCAGCACCACCUUCUUCUUCCAGCUGGUUCUCCUGCUGGGCCUGCUCCUGGCCGCAGUGCCGCUGGGCUACGUGGUCAGCAGUGUCCACUCCUCCCGGGACUGCGGCCUCUUCGGCAACUACUCAGCGCCCUGGCAGGUGGUCCCCGAGCUGGUGGCGCUGCGGCUUCCUCCUGCUGGCCAGCUGGUCCUCCACUACCUGGGCUCCCGCGCCUUCAGUUUCCCCCUUCUUGUCCUGCUCAGCUUGGUCCUGACCGUGUGCAUCUCCCAGUCCCAGGCCAAUGCCCGGGCCAUCCAGGAGCUCCGGAAGCAGCUGGUGUGGCAGGUGCAGGAGAAGUGGCACCUGGUGGAUGACCUGUCGCGCCUGAUGGAUGAUUCGUGUCCCGGCGGCACUGAGGGCCCCGAGUCUCCACUGUCCACAGCUUCGCGCCCACGAUCCUUCUGCCCGGGGUUCCCAUGCCCAGGCUCUCCGGGCCCCAGGCCUCCGCAGCCAGGACCCUCCGACAUGGAUCCCGCAGCGUCGGGCAGCCCCGGCCUGCAUCGCCAUGACCCGGGUCCAGCUUGUCGAUUCCGAUUCCCCAGUGGCUCAGAGCUCUAGGUCCACCCUGUGGUCACGCCCUGCUUGAGACCAAAGCC